AUGCGCACCAUGUACCGUGAGCUCACCAUGAGGCUCGUCGUCCACAAUACGCCACUCACUGCACGCCAAACGCACUUCCACCCACGAAAGACGGGAUGGCGAAUGGAAGACACGGAACGCGAGAGGGCGCGCAAUGGGGGUCUGCGUGCUUCUCAGCCCCGUUUCCCAACCCCAGGAGCCACCGUCAUGGCCUGGCCAGGGUUGCCGGGCGAUCUAAGACGGCUGCACGGCUCCCCCCACUCUCUCUGUCUGGCGACUUGCGACUUUUGA